UCCAUGUACUUAUACUCAACUCCGUCGUUGAAAAAAGUUAAAUUUUAAUUUUAGUCUCUAAACUUUACAUUUUAAACACUUUUAGUCCUUACAUUUUUUGGCAAAUUUUUUGUUUUCCGACACUGCAAAUUGCACUUUUUUCGUUCUCCUUCUCUUAUCAAUUAAAUGAUAACGUGGCUAGAAUGGUUAUGUUAGGAAUUAAACUGGGAGGUGAUGUGCCCUUUACAAAGGUUUAUUUGCACCCUAUGAUACGUGAUGCGCAUGGCCGUAAGAUGUCAAAGUCUCUGGGAUAUGUAAUUGACCCUCUUGAAGUAAUAAAUGGCAUAUCCCUUGAAGGUCUUCACAAGAGGCUAGAGGAGAGCAACUUGGAUCCAAAUGAGGUGGCUGUUGCAAAAGCAGGACAGGUGAAAGAUUUUCCUAAUGGUAUCGCUGAAUGUGGAGCUGAUGCACUUAGGUUUUCACUUCUCUCCUAUCAGCUCAGUGGAGUCCCUGAAUUCAGACGAGUUUUCGGAUGCAGCCAGCGCUGUGUAUUCAUGGUGGCAAUGUUGGAGUUGUGGUGUUCAAGCUGCCAAAGUAGCAGCAAAUGGAAAGACGUGAGAGCUGCAACAUGAUUACAGAGUAGCAGCAAAGUGACAGCACAAUGGAGCUUCACAUGCGCUACAAGAAAUGGCAGUAAAUCUUUGAAUGUAAUCCUUGUUUUAAAUGCUUAAUAUUUUCUUGUAUUGGGUAAAAUGUUAGGUGAGAAAAAAAUUGUUUUUUUAUU